AGCUGUCCUCGCGCGCGGAGGGUCCCGCCUGCUGCUUAAACAAGAUGGCUGUACGCGCAGGAGGAGCAGUAGCAGCAGCAGCACCGGAGGAGGAGGAUAACUGAGGCUAUGCAGAGGAGGAAGGACAGGGGGAGACGAGGGUUUGUUUCACUCCUGUGCGCCUGGUCCUGCAGUCAGAGUAGCGGCUUCACAGAGGAACGGACGCCGUGACACGAUGCUGCUUUGUGACCGUUACCUGUCAGGGUGACGGCUGCUUCACUUGCGUGUCUUUAUUGUUAUUAGCUUUUCUUCUAAACUCAGCACCAAACAGACUGAGCAAACAAAUCACGGAGCACUCGGCAGCAGAGGACAACCGGGGACGCUCACUACAUCACGCCGCUGACAGAGAUGUCCCUGCUGUGCGUGGGAGUGAAGAAAGCCAAACUGGAUGGACCCCAAGAUAAGUUCAACACUUAUGUGACUCUGAAGGUGCAAAAUGUGAAGAGCACAACCAUUGCUGUCAGGGGCAACUUGCCCAGCUGGGAGCAAGACUUCAUGUUUGAGAUCAACCGCCUUGACCUGGGUCUGACGGUCGAGGUGUGGAACAAAGGGUUAAUUUGGGACACCAUGGUUGGCACUGUGUGGAUUCCCCUCCAGAACAUCCGGCAGUCAAACGAGGAGGGUCCAGGGGAGUGGCUCACACUCGACUCUCAGGUCAUUAUGUCUGAUAAUGAGAUCUGUGGCACCAAAGAUCCCACUCUGCACCUGGUGCUGCUUGACACACGCUUUGAACUGCCUCUUGAUAUCCCAGAGGAUGAAGCACGGUACUGGGCCAAAAAACUGGAGCAGCUCAACGCUAUGAGGGACCAAGAUUAUUCAUACCAGGAAGAACAGGAACGCCCUCUCCGUGCGCCAGGCACCCAGUGCUGUAAUUGGAACCUAUGGGGAGACCAACAAAAUGAGGAUCCGGACAGUGCAGUGGAUGACAGGGACAGCGACUAUCGCAGUGAAACCAGUAACAGCAUCCCUCCUCCCUACUACAGCACAUCUCAGCCCAAUGCCUCUGUCCACCAAUAUCCCAUCAGCCACCAGCACCGCACCUCCAGAAGCUUUUCUUACCCAUGCACGGCCAAUAGCGACGACCUGGACUACCACAAUCAGAGGGCUGUUAGCCCCACGGGGAGCUAUGCGUCAUCUGCAGAGCUGAGUCGGUGCAGCAGUCAGCUGAGUGUGGAGGAUUAUGGAGGUGAGUACAUCGAGAGGGAUCCGUAUGAUGAGAACGACUCCUACCACUCCUGCCAUUCCUCGGUCAGCUACAGCAAAGGCUCUCCAGACUGGGACCCUGAUGAGACCCAGGCAGCAUACAGUGAUGAGGGUGGUUACAGCAAAGAUGGUGGCGAGGAGGUGGCUCUGUACGAGGAGGAUGAUGGCGGAUUGUAUGAGGGAGAAGAAGAUGGGCUCUAUGAGGAAGAAGAGAUAAUGUAUGAUGAUGAGGAUUUGUACAAUUUGGAUGGGCCCCUUAGUGAGGACAUAGAGCCUCCAUUCACUCCCACACCAACAUCAACUGCCCCUCCAACUCUUGAUGUACCAAGCUCCAGACCUCCUCUAGAGAAACAGACGUCCUUGCACCAGCAGCAGCCAUCUUCUCAAUUGUCUAACCAAACACCUAAUCAGGCUCAUCCUCCUGGCGUGGCCCCAGCAGCACAGCCCCCCUCUAGUCAAACAACAACCCAAACACCUAAGCAGCCCCAAACACAACCUCAGCCACAGCCAGCUCCAUCUGCUACUUCCUUCUUCUCAAUGGCCAAACCUCUAACAGCUGCAGUCACAGGCCUGGCCUCUACUUUCCUGUCUUCAGCCACCCAACCUGCCCAACCUGCCCAACCUCCCCCGCAGCCCUCAGCCUUAUCCCAACAGCACCAUUCUGCAGCAGCCAGCUCUGUCCCGCCAUCUCACCCAGCCACCAUGGCUAACUCAGCCACUCAGCCUCCCUCCACCACCGUCGGCCCUUCCUCACAACAGAUCCCGUCAUCUGCACAGCCCCAUUCCCAAACCAACGACCCUGCCACCACACAGUCAGCUGCCCCCGAGGACCAGGUUCCCCAACUUGAAGAAGAACAGUGGCUAGAAGAGGAAAUGAUGUUGGAGAGAGAGGACAGGACCCCUCCAGCCCAGUCGGAGGAGAAGUUCCCGAUGGAGGAAAAGGAGCAACAAUUUGAAGAGAACACACCGCAGACACCCACAGAGUUACAAGAGAUUCCACCAGAGAGCCCUCCAGUUAUAGAGGAGCCCAAAGAGCCAGUCGAUCCAGCAGUCCGCGCCAAAGAGAACUGGCUGAGGUUGUACAAUAAGGUUUUAGAGCAGCUUCGGGAGGCUCGAGGAGAGACCUCCAACUCGCUGUGGUUUGGUAAAGGAGGAAUGGGUGGUGCACUCUACAGUAUUGACAGCAUGCCUGACCUUCGUAAAAGGAAAGCUAUUCCACUUGUGAGAGAUCUGGCCAUGUCGCUAGUGCAGAAUUCUCGGAAAGCUGGAAUCACAUCAGCCAUGGCUUCCACCACUCUUGGCAAUGAAGAGCUAAAGAGCCAUGUUUAUAAAAAGACCCUGCAGGCUCUGAUCUACCCCAUCUCCUCCACCACGCCACACAACUUUGAGGUGUGGACAGCCACCACCCCCACCUACUGCUAUGAAUGUGAGGGACUGCUUUGGGGUAUCGCCCGCCAAGGCAUGCGCUGCUCUGAGUGUGGCGUCAAAUGUCACGAAAAGUGUCAGGAUCUACUCAACGCCGACUGUCUGCAGAGAGCUGCAGAGAAGAGCUCCAAACACGGGGCGGAGGACCGAACCCAGAACAUCAUCAUGGUCUUGAAGGACCGCAUGAAGAUCAGAGAGAGGAACAAACCAGAGAUCUUUGAGCAGAUACAAGAAGUGUUUGCCCUCGAUAAAUCAACACACGCCACGCACAUGAAACAGAUCAAGCAGAGUGUGCUUGACGGUACCUCAAAAUGGUCUGCGAAGAUCAGCAUCACAGUGGUUUGUGCUCAGGGUCUGCAGGCUAAAGACAAAACAGGCUCCAGUGACCCUUAUGUCACUGUUCAAGUCGGGAAGACCAAGAAGAGAACCAAGACCAUCUAUGGCAACCUCAACCCUGUCUGGGAGGAAAACUUCCACUUCGAAUGCCACAACUCAUCUGACCGCAUCAAGGUCCGUGUGUGGGACGAGGACGAUGACAUCAAGUCCCGCGUGAAACAGAGGUUUAAGCGUGAGAGCGACGACUUCCUGGGUCAAACAAUCAUCGAAGUCCGCACUCUGAGCGGGGAGAUGGACGUCUGGUACAACCUGGACAAGAGAACAGAUAAGUCUGCUGUGUCGGGAGCCAUUCGGAUGCACAUCAGUGUGGAGAUCAAAGGAGAGGAGACGGUAGCACCUUACCAUGUCCAGUACACCUGUCUACACGAGCAUCUGUUCCAGUACACUACUGAGGAGCAGAAUGGAGGUGUAGUAAAAAUCCCGGAUGCCAAAGGGGACGAUGCCUGGAAGGUGUACUUUGAGGAGACAGCUCAAGAGAUAGUGGACGAGUUCGCCAUGAGAUAUGGAGUCGAGUCCAUCUACCAGGCCAUGACCCACUUUGCCUGCUUGUCAUCCAAGUACAUGUGCCCAGGAGUCCCAGCGGUGAUGAGCACACUGCUGGCCAACAUCAACGCUUACUACGCCCACACCACCCAGUCCUCCAACAACGUUUCUGCCUCAGACAGAUUUGCUGCGUCAAACUUUGGCAAGGAGAGGUUUGUCAAACUGCUGGAUCAGCUGCACAACUCCCUGAGGAUUGACCUGUCCAUGUACCGGAAUAACUUCCCUGCCAGCAGUCCUGAAAGACUACAGGAUCUUAAGUCCACUGUUGAUCUCUUGACCAGCAUCACAUUCUUCAGGAUGAAGGUCCAGGAGCUGCAGAGUCCCCCGAGGGCAAGUCAAGUGGUGAAAGAUUGCGUGAAAGCCUGUCUCAACUCCACCUAUGAGUACAUUUUCAACAACUGCCAUGACCUCUACAAUAGGGAAUAUCAGACAGAUCCUUCAAAGGCAGUUCCUCCGGAUGAGCAGGGUCCCAGCAUCAAGAACUUAGACUUCUGGUCCAAACUUAUCACCCUCAUCGUCUCCAUCAUAGAGGAGGACAAAAACUCCUACACUCCUUGCCUUAAUCAGUUUCCUCAGGAACUGAAUGUGGGCAAGAUCAGCGCUGAGGUCAUGUGGAAUAUGUUUGCACAAGAUAUGAAAUAUGCCAUGGAGGAGCAUGAGAAGAAUCGCCUGUGUAAAAGUGCAGAUUAUAUGAACUUGCACUUCAAGGUAAAGUGGCUCUAUAAUGAGUACUGCAAGGAGCUGCCCACUUUCCAGAAGCACGUCCCUGAAUAUCCAGCCUGGUUCGAACCAUUUGUCAUCAUGUGGUUGGACGAAAAUGAGGAAGUGUCCAGAGAUUUUCUCCAUGGAGCCCUGGAGAGGGACAAAAAAGAUGGGUUCCAAGUCACAUCUGAGCAUGCUUUGUUCUCCUGCUCAGUGGUGGACGUGUUCUCUCAGCUUAAUCAAAGCUUUGAAAUCAUCCGUAAACUGGAGUGUCCCGAUCCACAGAUUGUUGGGAACUACAUGAAGAGAUUCGCCAAGACUAUCGGCAAUGUCCUGUUGUCUUACGCUGACAUCAUAGCAAAAGACUUUCCAAAUCAUGUCAAGAAGGAGAAAGUGCCAUGUAUCAUCAUCAAUAACAUCCAGCAGCUCAGAGUUCAGCUGGAGAAGAUGUUUGAGGCCAUGGGAGGCAAAGACCUCAAUCUGGAGGCGAGUGACUUCUUGAAGGAGCUGCAGAACAAACUCAACAGUGUCAUGGAUGACCUGAGUCGCAUCUUUGCAGUCAGUUUCCAGCCACAGAUUGAGGACAACGUGAGGCAGAUGGGAGAUAUCUUAGCCCAGGUCAAAGGUCAGACUGUACCAGCCAAUGGCAGUGUGGUUCAGGAGGCGGACAACGUCUUACAACCCAUCAUGGACUUCCUGGACAGCAAUCUGUCGCUGUUUGCAAAGAUCUGUGAGAAGACCGUCCUGAAGAGAGUGCUGAAGGAGUUGUGGAAACUAGUGAUGAACACAAUGGAAAAAACGAUUGUUCUUCCAACACUUACCGACCAGACGGGCACUCAGAUGAUCUUCAAUGCUGCUAAGGAACUGGGGCAGCUUUCUAAGCUCAAGGAGCACAUGGGGCGAGAGGAGGCCAAAGCUCUGACUCCUAAACAGUGUGCAGUCAUAGAGCUGGCGCUGGACACUAUUAAGCAAUACUUCCAUGCUGGUGGUGUGGGCCUGAAGAAAACCUUCUUGGAAAAGAGUCCAGACCUGCAGUCUCUGCGCUACGCCUUGUCUCUGUACACGCAGGCCACCGACAAACUGAUCAGGAAGUUUGUCCUCUCACAGAACGCACAGGUGCAUGGAGGGAAAGGCGUCAGGUACUCGGCGAACGAAGACACGCCGCCAGAGAAAGCGUCUGGAGUGGAUGCAGUUGGCGAAGUGGUCAUGUGUGUGGAUAUCUUACCCCAGCCUAACGGAGAACACAAAAUCAGUGUCAAAGUGGUGGCUGCAAAUGACCUGAAGUGGAAGGCUCAGGGCUUCAGGCCUUUUGUGGAGGUCUACAUCAUCGGCCCUCACCUCAGCGACAAGAAGAGGAAAUUUGCCACCAAGUCAAAGAACAACACCUGGUCUCCCAAGUUCAACGAGAUCUUCCAGUACUCGCUGGGCACAGAGGUGGGUCCAGAGAGCUACGAGCUGCAGGUGUGCGUGAAGGACUACUGCUUCGCCAGAGAGGAUCGUACUGUGGGGGUGGCCCUGCUGCAGGUGAAGGACAUUGCCAGCAAGGGCAGCGUCACCUGCUGGCUGCCGCUGGGCAGGCGCACGCACAUGGACGAGACCGGUCUGACAGUGCUGCGCAUCCUCUCCCAGCGCAACAACGACGACGUGGCAAAGGAGUUUGUGAAGCUCAAGUCAGACCAGCGCUCAGCUGAGGAGGGCCGCAGCUGAGCGAGGACACACCAACCCCAGAAACUGACUCACGUAGUAUUAUGCACACAUAUAAGUACCACAUAGAUGAUAAGCAACCAUGUGCAAUACAUAAGCACACACACACGUGAAAAUACUCUUAUUGUACAAAUAUCUGCAUACAUUAUGCAACAUUGACAUCGGUGCAAACUAUGUGUUUGUAAAAAGAUGACGUUUCAUUUUGAAUAAUUCAGCAGCUCAACUCAAAUUUGGUCAGCUGAAGGUUUUAGCCUUGCAUUUAGCAAGCCCUUGUCACUCUCUCCUUUAACACACCGCACCUUUUAUAUGGUAUAUGGAUAAAACUACAACGCCACAACUGCAUCCAUGUGAAUAGUUUGACAAAGACCACUUUGCACUUUUGCUUCUCUGUAUCUUCAGGAGAGCGGCUCUCGCCCAAGCUACGCUCUGUCCUCCUGCUUGCCUGUUUGUGUUGUUCUUCCAGUCUAUCGUUCUCCUCUCCUCUCCUCUCCUUUCCUCCCACAGUGUUGCAUACGGUGGAAAUCAGAUCCAAGAUCAGCUUUCUUCACGCCCAAAAACCCC